AAGAAAAUCCGUCUGCUGAUUCAUUUCAGAAAAAUGAUGUUGUAGAUGUCUUAUAAGUUAUAAUCAUAAUCAGAGAUUACAUCGGAAUCAGAUUGAAGUGAAAAUAUAUUUAAGACCUUGAAAAAUGAGUUGUUGUUAUUUGAUCUGGCAGUGAAAUGGAGUCCUCGGGAAUAAAGAAGAAGGAACUGUUAGAGAUGAAAACAGAUCUGAAGUUGCUCUUGGAAUGUUUGGACUUCCAGAAAGAUGAUACUGUUGCUGUGAAACAGGCAUUGGUGACAAUAUCUUCUAUACUACAAGCAUCAGUUGAGGUUAAGGAUGUGUUUAGAGAUAUUGGUGGCCUUCAGCAAGUUUUGACUUUGGUCACCAGCCAUGAUAAAAGUGAAGUUGUGGAGACUGGACUAUACUGUCUAGGUUGUGCUGUAGAAAGAAAUGUAUACUCGCAGAAGUUGUUGACCACAGGCAGUGUGUUUACAUUCCUACAUGGGAUCCUGUCUUCUACAUCCAAAACUUCAGUCAGAAAGAAACAAACUGCCUCAUUCUUAGUGUUAUGUCUAGUGUCCAACAACGGUUUUGGACAAAAUCUUGUGAGACAGUCAUCUUGCCUUCAUGACAUUCUGUCUUUGAUAAGGACUACCCUGCCUAGAAAUGUUCAAGAUUUAGAUUCAGACUGGUUUGAGGGAAUGGAUGGGAAGAGCCUCCAUCUGUGGUGUACACUCCUCAGUACAGCCUGUGCUUGUGUGAAUAAUCCAAUUAAUGAAGGAAACCAGAGAAUUUGUGCUUCGCUGUUGCCGUAUCUAUUCAGUUUGAUGACCAGUCAUUCAGAUGAGAGGAUUUUAAGACCUGUACUUUCUCACAUUGGUCUCACUGUAUCUGGCAAUGAAAGUAACCAAGACCGUGUUCGAAAAUGUGGAGGUUUAGAGAUAUUUGUAAAGAAACUAAGCAGUUUACAGAGCAAGGCUAUCUGUGAUACCAUGGCAAAACUACUCGCUAUACAGCUACUGACUACUGUUGAUGCAUGCAUUUCUGACAAUGAAUGUAACAGUGCAAGGUUUGGAGAACUGGGAGGUAUAAAGCUGGUCCUGGCUCUGCUGUCCGAGUGUUGUUUGGACCUCAGUGAGAAAGUACAAGCAGUUCUCACAUUGGCACAUGCUCUAGAUGCUUAUAAUGGGAAUCAGAAAUAUGUUAAAGAAUGCGGAGGUGUGACUGUGUUGAUACAACAGCUGACAGAAACACAAGAUGAGGAAUUCUCUAAAACUAUCAAAUAUGUGCUACAUAUGUGUGUAUCAUCAGGUAAAGGAAGUUUAUCUGACGCAGACAAAGAUCUUACUGAUACUGAGCGACUUAUCAAUAGAAUGGAAGCCAUGAAAAGGCAUAGUGAUGUAGAAAUGUUGAAGAAGAUAAGAGAGCUUGAUUCUAAAGUAAAAUCCAUGGAGGACAAACAUCUAGAUCAGAACCAAAAUGUAAAGGUCACACCAAACUUGAGCACAGUGUUUGAAAGGUUAGAAGGCUGCACAACAUGUGUAAAUCCUGUACAGAAUUUGGAACGUUCAAGAUCUCCAGCGGGCUCACAUAGUGAACAUUCUGGCCAACAGGAUUGUCCUACACCUAGAGAAAAAUCUCUCAUGGAACAGCUGAUUAAAGAAAAAGUUGAGAAAGAACGUUUGGAAAAAUUGAACCACAUGCUACAGGAGAAUAUAUGUAAGACUCACACUGCACUCACUAAUGCAAGGUUAGAGAAUAGAUUUGAGUAUAACCCAACUUGUGAUCUACAGGCAACAUCCAGUGUAGAAGCAGGCAGAGACAGGAGAUUACAAGGAAGAAAUGAUCCUAACAUCUCAACUACUCAGCAAGAUGUUCCUCACACUAAAGCAUCCAGUUAUAAAACUUCUGAAAAUAGUUGUACACAGAAUGUGAAUGUUUCGUGUGGUGAUAGGUAUGAUAAAAAUGUGGUUAUAGACAAUGAAAAUGUGCAUCCAGUUGGAUUUAGAACAGAUCAAGUUGGUCAGUUGAAUUGUCACAUUGAACCACGAGAAAUGUCUGUAAUGGUCACCAGAAGUGGGCUUAGAUAUCAGUCCACAGUUGUCCAUGGACCUGAAAAUAAAAGUGAUAGCUCAGACAUAAAUAAUAACUCUCAUGAACGACAAAAACACAUUAGGCAGAAUCUUACACAACUUGAUAGCAAUGGAAAUCCCACUCAGUGUACAGAAUUAAAGUAUGGUUGUAACAUGAUGUAUAACAAACAGAUGAAUUCAUCUGUAAUAAUGAGUCCAAACAAUACAUUUGUUACUCAACAGGAAAAUCAUGUUGAAGCAAGGAAAACCUUUCCUUUUAGUGCAACACCUCUAGAUUUGUCGUGCAAGUCUAAAACUGUGUACACAAGAUUGCCUGGUGUGAAUCAGACUGUAAAUACCACAAUUCAAGAUCCAACUGCCAAAGAGAUAGGUGGUAAAAUAUCUGACACUUCGGAAACUCCAAACCUGAGGAAUGAUCACAAUGAAAGUCAGCUUGAACCAAGGAUAAAAACAACAAUCAAUAAAAAUGCUGAAAUUCAGUGUGGAACUCCAUGGAUAAAUAAGAAUUCAGAAAAUGAGAAAACACUUGAAAAUAUAUGUAUGAGUGAUGGUAGCUCACAAACAAACUUCAUAAAACAACUCGAUCUUCACAAUAAUUCUGGACCGAGACCGGGAAACACAAAUGGUAAAAGAUCAUUGAUUGAAAAGACUGAAAACUCUAAACAGAUUAAAGAGAAGAAAGUUACAAGUGCACAUAACUUAAACUGUGAGAUAAAUAGAACAUCAGUUGUGAUUUUAACUAAUUGUGAGAAACAUGAAAGUGUAAUAUCUAACCAUAGCAGUUCUGUGCAACAGGAAAUGUCCAGUAUAUUUAAGCCAAGUCCUGUGUCAGCAUCUAGUAAAAAGUCAUCAGGAUUAUUUGUGAAGCCGGUAGCUCUUCCUCCCAAGAGGAAAGUGAGAGUUACCCCACUUUUGGGUACAGAUAAACUCUCAAGAGCAAGACUCUUGUUGCCUACUCAGAAUAUGAAUAAUUCAAGUCAAGUGACUGAAUAUGACAGUGAUGUACAAUCAGAGUUUGACCUAAAUCUGUUUAAAAAUAUUGACAGACAACAGUCUCGUGUAAAACCAAUGCCUGUAAUCAAAUCUCAGAAUAAUGUGAGACAGGUGGACAGAGUGGUGGAGAAGAGGGAGAGUAAUGCAGCAGAGAAGUGGCAAAUACAUCCAUGUACCCCACAUCGUCAGGGCAUUGUUCCUCCUAGACCUGCAUUCAGUGAUUGUGGUAUCAGGAGAUGUGUACUUAAUAGUCCAUACAGCAUAAAGUCGCAGGGUACUAGGAGACGUUCCCUAGAUGAUAGUGGUAUACAUUCACCCAGAGAUAUCCUCAAUAUCAGUCCAAAAUCUCCAGAUGGUAGUCCUGUUGACAGUAACAUUGAUGGAUUCCGCAGCAGCAGUGAUGUAUCAGAUGAAGAAGAAGGACCUCCCAAUAUAAGUGCAGCUGUACUUAGAAGUAGUAAAAAGCUAAACAAGGAAGCAGUUAACAAAUGUCCAGGUUGUACUGGAUUUCACAAGUCUGGUGGAGGUCUUGAGUUGAACUCCAGAACUUACAAUAUUGCCUUGGAAACUGACCCAAACACAUGUCCAAUGCACCGGAAACUCCGCCAGAUAGAGAGAGUUUACAUCAACAAGAUCAGAAAGACUAAAGGCUUGAGAAGCAAAUUAAAGAGAAAGUUACACAAUAAAUUAUCUGUGACAACUACUGAAAUUGAACCUCGAGAAACCAUAUAUGAGUUUUCAUCAGAAUCUGUGGAUAAUAUAUCACCACCUUCUGAUGAUAAUGAUGACUUUCAACCACCAAAUCGUGAAAAGGUACGCCGUAAAAGGAUUUCGUACACUGCAGAGGAAGAAAAGAACUUACUUAAGGGCGUGAGGGAGCUAGGAAAACAUUGGAAUCAGAUCUUAGUUACGUACGACUUCCAUCCUUCUAGGACUAAUGUUGAUCUUAUGGACAAAUACAAAAGAAUGAGGGCGUCAGCUGCUAGAGACACUACAAGUUCAAAGUGUCAGUCAGUGAUGUCCAGAGUCAAAAGUUACAAGCCAUUCUCAAUGUGUGAGGAAAGGAGGUUGAGACGUGGAAUCAUGAAGUUUGGUUAUAACUGGAAAACUAUAUUAAAUUCAUUUACAUUUGCUCAGGGAAGAACAACAGAGGACUUACGUAACAAGUGGAGAAUUCUGCACAAAAAAAUGUGACAUUAGUUUUAAAUGUGUAGGCUGAUUCUCAGGAUAUGUUGUUAAACUCAGGUAUGGAAGAGAGAACUGUUUGUGUGAAAACUGACAGAAUCUGUACUGAUGUAUCAUUUUGUCAACAUCAUGUAUUUCUGAAGAGAAAAUCAUCUGAUACAAAGUCUUAAAACAACUUCUUAUUGUUUUCACAACUACCUCACCAGAAUAACAGAAACAUAUUCAUCCAACUAUCUGCUUCCAGAAAUAAAGUAAAAACUAUACAAGUAAUUUUGUUAAAUAUUCACACAAUGACAAGAGGACAUUCAGGUAAGCAUUGUACAAAACCAUAACUCUACUGUACUUACUUUUUGAAGGCUUGCCUUUAUUACAUUUGAUUGUCAUAACUCAUAAAGUGCUGGAACUGCAUAAAAAGGUAAGGAAUGCUAAGAAAAAGUGCAUUGUAACAACAACAGUAAUUCUGCUUGAAUUUUUAUUAUCUCCUUUUAUUAAAUUUACUUAUAUCACUUGUCCAGAGAAUAACCCCAACAUAACUUAAAUACAACAGGGAAGACAUUAAGAGAAAAGGAAGUGUACACAAAGUCUAACCUUUACCGUCCUUACUUUUCUAAUUAUCUCCCUUUAUGAAAUUGAGUUGUUCUUGUCAUAACUCUAAUUUGCUGAAGGAGCUUUAUUCAGACUGCAUACAAAUUUAAGACAGAGGACAGUAUUAAAGGGAAGAUGUAUUGCAUAAGAACCGUAACUUUGGAAAAUUUUAAUAUUAUAUCUCUUUUUGCACUUAGUUUUUCUUGUCCAAAAGUUCUGAAGACAUUUCAGUGAACAAGAAAUAUAUACUAUAGACGUCAUUGAGGAGUGUGCAUUGCAUAAGAACCAUGAAUGGAUAUUUUCAAAUUAUCUUAUUUUUGUUUUUGGUUUUUCCUUAACCUGAGCAUAAUUCAAAAAGGACAUUUCAGAUUAAUAUCAAUAUAAGGGAGGUAAAGGCACUGGAAGGAUAAAUGUGUUUGACUUUUUCUACAAAUUUUCUCUCUUUUUUUGUGCCUAUUUUUUCCUUGAUAAUGACUGCAUUUGCUGAAAAAUUGUUGUAAUGAUUAACAGCAAUGAGAGGAAGUGCCUAAUAUAAGAAACAAAUCUUUUUUUUCCAAGUUUGUAUUUUUAUAAUAAGUGGUGUCACACAAUGUGUAAGACCACGUGACAAAACCCUGUUGGAAAAAUCCAUCAGUUCCUCUAAUAACCUUGUUUAUAUUUAUGCAAAACUGUAUGCUGUUAGGCAUCAGUUUUUGCUGAAAAAUGGUUUGAUGUUCUAGUUUUUUUCUCCUAUAGCUUGACUCUUGAAAUGGGGAAAUAAAUUCAUAUUUUAAUAAAGGAAAAGGUUAUUAAAUUUUAUAAGUUUCAGAAGCUCAUUUAUUUUAUUUUAGUUAAGUUAAUAAGCACUAAAUCAGACAUGAGAAUUUUCUAUUUGUCUUGUAAUUAAGAUACAUCUUAGAAAUAAUAGAUACAGUUACUGUAGAGAAAAAUCUCUAAUGUCUGGAAAUUUGAAACACGGAAAGUAUUAAAUAGUAGUUACAUUAAUAUAGGAAACUGUUUGAACCUAUAGAACUAUGUGGACUUCAUGUCCAGAAAUUAUAGUAAGAUACUUCAUGUUAUUUAAAUAGAGACUUCAGCUAUAAUACUUCUAUUCUAAUAUGUUAUGUAUCAAAUUAAGUAUCUCACAUAAACUUGUAUGUCAGUACUCCAUAAAAACCAGAAAUUUGUUGAGAGCAAAAUUUAUGACAAAGUCAUAAUGUCCCAAAAGUUUCCGCUAUUAUUUUAGUAUAGUUUCCUUUGACAAUACUGAACUCUGUGAAAACCCAAUACCAAACACUUACCCUUACAGAAGAAAAAGGCCUGCUGCGUACUCUUGCUGUGUACAUACAGCGUAUAUGAUGCGUACAUGAUGUGUACUGAAAUCAAGGGCUUUAAAUAGUACGUAGGAUAUACACCGCACAUACACCGAUAGUACGUUUGUAGUACACUUUUGACAUGCAAAUGAGCUCUGCCGCGUACUACUUGCUGCGUACAUGCUGUGGACUACAUAGUACACAGGAUGUACGCUGGAGGAAUUUAGUAUGCGGGAAAUAGUACGCAGCAUGUACGCGGCACAUACACUUUUCACAUGCAAAUGAGCCUGCGGCGUACAUGCUGUGUACUCCUGCGGCGUACAUGCUGUGUACUCCUGCGGUGUACAUUCUGUGUACUCCUGGCCCGAGUCCUGCGGCGUACAUGCUGUGUACUCUUGUGGCGAAACUGCUGUGAUAAUGUAAAUUCCUUACCCCACCAACUUUCUUAUGCAAAUGCUGAUCAUUUGGACAGAAAAAAACAGAAAAAAGAUAAGUGACAUGCAUCAAUAAGUAUUUACCCUUACCAAAAUAAUGUAGAUUGAUGUUAUCAAAUAAAUUAGUAUGCUUUUCUUCAUCCACUUUUCAAUGAAAUAAAUCAAUUUUUGUAGCAUGUAAUUUGGUAAACAUCUGAAGAAAAUGGCGUAACUGCAUCAAGGGGAAACAACUUUAAUGCAACUAAAUAUAAGUGUUAUAAAUUUCGAAGUAUUGCGGUGUACAUGCAGUGUACUAUUUUCUUGUACAAGUCCCUCCUGCGUACAUGCAGUGUACUCCUUAAAUUUUCAGAGUCUGUGCUGCGUACUUGAAGUGUACUAGUGACCUCCUGCGUACAUGCUGUGUACUCAUCGAAAUAGUACGCGGCAUGCGGUGUAUGUAAAAUGUACUCCUCUGGCGUACUACUGUGUUCGCGGCAUAUACACAGCAAAUACGCAGCAUGUACGCCACAGAGGCUUGCUUCUGUAAGGGUAGACAAAUAGAUUAGCAUAUUUCAUUGAUAAUUGCUUAGCCAAGACCAAAUAUCUCAACUUGCUUUAGUCGGUGUUGCUUAGCCUUUAGCCUGCUGGCGGCAAGUGAUUCUGCCUUUGCAUCCCGUGCAGACCAUCCGUGCAGGCUGAUCAUUGUCUGCACUGUCCACUAUUCAGUCAGCAAAUUUUCAAUGAACACCCCUUUGAAUAAUAAGUAGUACUGCCCAAAUUGAAUGAUGGACCAGUCCAUUUUAGAAAUUUUGCAGGGUAAAGGUUAAUUUAAACCGAUUGUCAAGUUACCUGUAUAAGUGAAUUUUUAGGUUUGUCGAGUUACUCUAUGAGUGAAUAUUUUUGGGUAACAAAUUUUUUUAAUGUUUGAUGGACGAUGUUUUGCAUGUGGAAAUGUGUGUGAAAAAUAUAAACUUGGUGUUAAAUUUAAAAAAAAAAGUAUAACAUCAGUUUGCCUAGCAGGUAGAUUGUAAAUUGAUAUGCUAAGUUUCCAUUAUUAUAGUGCCUGUUAAUUAGUUGUUGUAUUUUUUGAUGUAUUACAUAAUCACACAGUCUGUCCACGCUUGUGAUAAAAUGUUUUGCUUGUUUGUCAAGGUAUGAGAAACUAACUCAGAUAAAAUAGGAUUGAUAGGUAAACAUUUUGACAGAGGGUCAUCAUGAUCCCUUCGUUUUGGCUUUUUGGGUCAUUUUCAAUUUUAGGAAGUCAUUUUUUAAAUAACUGUUCAGAAAAGAGGUAAGAGAAAUAAAUUAAUAUAUGCUAACGCAGCCGGGACUCCAUUUUGCAGUUUAAUGUUUUCAAUAAAAAGCCAGCCGUAUAUGUGUAAGCACAACAGUGCUUCUAGCAGGAACCUCGUGGCUACAAAAGACCACAUAGCACUUUCUUCCUACAAACGAAACAUAGGGUUUUUGAGCCAUUUUGUUGAAGGGUUUACCUUAUCAGGUCAUCUUGAGGUUAUUAUAUAUUGUUAAACUUUUGAUGCAGUCUUCUUUAUUAUGUAGUAUAGACCCAUUUACAAUGUAUAUAGACCCUAGGGUGUACUCGAUAAAUAAACUUAUGUCGCAGUCCACGUUACUAAUUAGUACUGUCGCGUGAACUAGUGCUUGCUUAACUGAAUUGGGUAUGAAUAUUCACAUUAUAGAAAAUUUGGUCGGGAUUUCAUUUGCAUCAUCAAUUACUGGUUCAGAAUUAUUUUGGGGGUUAUUUGGGAAUAUGGUAUGCUAAAAUCAUAUAGGGCUUGUUCAAUAUUUAUCAGUUAGAUAACAUUCACAUUGAUCAGGAAUGUCACUGAAAAAGAGGUUUAUUACAUUAUUUAUUAACAUAAAUGUUGCAUUUAUGAUAUAAGAUUAAAAGAAUUUUUGACUUUAAGUUACACAUCAGGUUUUGAUUUAGCGAAUCUUUUCAAUUCUCAAUACUCACAGACUUUUCUGCAUAGAAAAGUUAACCACUAAUACAGUUUUACCAUUUGGUAGUUAUUGUAAUUUGUUCUUUUAUGAUCCCAUUGUGUAUCCGCAAACUGUAACUGUUUUCAUGACUAUAGAUGUGGUCGCUUAAAGCAGUAAACUACAUAAAAAAGAAGAUAUUGCUGUUAUGCUGUUUCAUUCUAAAUCUGACAAAAGUAUGAGAAAUUUUUACUCUACCAAAUGUACUGUAUGGCCUGACCUGUGUAUUUUGUCUUAUUUGCCAGUGUUUAUCUACUAUCUACAUAUGUGUAUUUCUCUAUAUUAAUUCUCUUUAUUAGAUACAUUACUAGAAAUAGUAACAAAAAAGCCGUUUAAAACGGUCAUUACGGCCUCUAUUGACGAAGCCAUAAUGGCGCAAUGCGCCUCACGCGCCAUAAUCAUAAUGGUCCAGGAUAACCGGAACGUCAGCGCAUUCUGACGAUGAGGUCAUGUAGCAACAUCAUUAUGGCAGUUGAAAGGGUGCUGAAUCAUGUUCAGAUCGAUUGUCAAAUAUUGAUGGCACUGUUGAUGAAAAAAUCAAUACAGAUGAUGCUUAAGUCUCAUAAGUUUGCAGAAAAAGUAUGUAAAAUGAAAAUACCAAGAUGAAUAUGAAGUGAAGGUAUAUAAUAAAAAGGUCAGUAAACGGUUGGUUGUGCCUUCUAGCCAUAAUGGCACAGUCAGGCCCACACCUAGUGUCAUAAUGGCCCUCGGGCAUUUAUGACACUAGGUGUGCCAUUAUGGCAAGAAGGCACAGCCAAGCCGUAUAUUAACCUCUUAAUAUUGUCCUUGAGAAAACUUGAGUAUGGACUGUAUUUAAACAAAUCUGGUAUAAAUGUUUUAUAUUAUUUAUUUUCGAUGUUUGAUAUACAUACAAAAAUAGAGGAUGUUGGCAUGAUAAAAAUGUCACAUUUAAAGAGUUUUUUUUGUUUCUAUUAGAUGUGUAUGGUUUGGUGCUUUCAUCCCAAACUCGAGAUAAAACCUCUCUCUUGAAGGUGUUCAAUAAUGUUUGGGUGUACUUUAUUUCAGACUUCUUUAAACAAUUACAUCUAACAGUAUUGUAAUUUGUAUUUCUCAUAUAUUUUUUCUUUAACAGAAAAUAUUUGUACUGAAACACACAGAAAACAGUGUUAUCAUUCAAGAUAUGCCCUUUUUUAUGCUACCAAUUCAGUUUGGGAGUAGGGAUAGUUGACACCUUGUCUAUCAGUCCUUGUGUUUUAGUGUUCACAAACUCUGACACUGAAACUGUGAGAAUAAUUUAGUUUUUAAUGUGUUAAUUAUGACCUGAAAUUAUAUAGAAAUGAAAGUUCUUAAACAACUUCAUCAAAUGAAUUAUGUUUGCAAAUGAACUGGAAACAUUGUGGAAAUAAUCAACAAACUAUGUUACUAAAAGCAUAGGAAAAAGAGUUGUUCUUAAUUAAUACAGAAUAAAAUUCUCUGCUGAUUUUACAGCAGUUUCUUCACAGCUAGUUGCAUGAAGAUGAAGUCACUUCAAGACUUAUAAAACAUUUUGUAUAGUUUUGAUUAUCAAAAGUGUAAGUCAUUAAUGUUACAUAGGCUUGUUGUGACACAUAUUUCUGCCUAAGUAUCCCUGCAAAAUGUUGAGUCAAGUAAAGCACCUGGAAUGAUUUUUAGUGCCCCUACUGGUGGAACACUGGAGGGGACUAUAGGAAUGCCCUCCAUCUGUUAAUCUGUCUGUCCAUAUGUCUGUCUGUCUAUCCACAAAUCUUGAUCCUGCAAUUACUCAAAAAGCAUUCAAGCUAGGUUCAUAAAACUUGGUAUGUGAAUAGAGGGCAGUAUGUAGGUUAUGCAUGUACAUGACUUAUGCUUAUAGGUCAAGGUCACUACUGAAUGUCAAGUAAAAAUUGUUUCUGCUCCAUAACUUUUUAUAUAUACAUUGUUGGAUUAUCUUAGCGCUACACACAAAUGUUCCCCAUGAUGAGACAAUGUGACAGUACAUGUUCUAUGCUUGUUGGUUAAAGAUCAAGUAAAAAUUUGUUUCCACUCCAUAAAUUUCAAUUGCAUUGAAGGAUUUGUUUAUGAGUAUAAUGACUACACAAAAAUGUUUCCCAUGAUUACACUGUGUUGUGCACAUGACCAAUGGUUGCCAGUCAAAGGUCAAGGUCACUAUUGAAGGUCAAGUAAAAUUGUUUCCGUUCCAUAACUUACAUAAGCAUGGAUGGAUUAUCCUAGUACUGCACACAAAUGUUCCCCAUGAUGAGACAAUGUGCCGCAUACAUGUCUAUGCUUGUAGGUCAAGGUUACUAUUGAAAUUUAAGUAAAAAUAGUUUUUGUUUCUUAGCAUUUGUAGUCCUAACACUGUUGCCAACAACGAACACUAACAUAGUUUUCCACAAGUAGAGGACUUAUUAUUCCAGUUUUGUCUAUGUAUUAUGUAAAUGUGGAUCAAUUAUACACUGUUGUAGGAUUUCAUGUUAUGGGAGGCAGUGUCGUUUUGCUUUUACUUUUGAAUAAUUAUCUGUGAUUUUACUUUUUUGUUGUAUCUCAGUGCCAGAUAUACAUUAAAUAUCAGAAUGUCUGUAAAUGAAAAUAACUACCUGUCAGCAAAUAGCUUCAAUAACAUACUGCUUGUUAAGUUUUAAAGAUGAACUCUACCCACCAUUCUCCAAAAUAUUUCAUUAUAUUAUAUCAGUUUAGAAAAUCUUCAUCAUAUAUUUAACUUGGUUAAGAGCUGCAUUCGCAAUUUGAAAAAUGCCAUACAAAGUAACAGUCAUUUGUUCAAAAUAUUCCAUUUUUUACUGGCAUUACAUAUUCAUACAGUGUUUACUUAAAACCUGUAUUAGUAUGUAGUAUUAUUAGGCUAUUUAACAUUGCUCUGUUCAAUACAGUGAUAUAUUUGGACAAGUAACCAUUCAAAGAAACAUUGAACAAACCAAUGUUUUUCAGAUAAGUAUGGGUCUAGUUUAUUCCAUUUUGUGUAAAACAAUGUUAAAUAAACUUUUUAUUUUACGGUUGUUUUUCUCAGUAGAAAAGAAUAAACAACAAGACAAGCAUUUCCAUUUUUAUACAGAAAACAUUAUUUCAAGCCUCCAUUGAUGUUACCAUCCAUACAUAUACUUUUAUCUGUCAUUAGUUAACAUGUAGAUUCAAGCAAAAGUUCUUGCAUUAAUAUUGUCUUAUACAGAAUAUAAUAGACAAUCACAUUGUAAAUAUGCAAACGUUGACUGGAAAAGAUAAAUAGGUAUAAAUCAAUUUAAACAUAUGACACAUUGCAAUUUAUACAUGCAAACAUGUUUAUUCUAUGUUUUCAUGGUGUGUAGUAAUUGUUCAUAAUUUUCAGUUAGAAAUUUGGGCAUAAUAUAUCUUUAAAAUUAAUGACUAGUAAAACUGAGAUGUUGUUUAAUAUUUGUUAAUGUAUUUUUCUCAAGUAAUCUAUCUAUUGCUUCAUUAUAUUUGUUAAAUUUAUAUAUAGCAUUGUUAAUAUUGAUUCUUCAGUAGUGUAUUAUAUAUAACAUUGUUAGGUGUGUUCAGGGUCUGACAAGAUAGUUUGUGUCUUGUUGUACUGAUAUUAUAUUGUUCUAUCUUGUAAAUUAUUGUCCUCAGAUAGGUACUCAGGGAUUCUAUGUUGAUUUAUCUUUAAAUUCUCUUAAUUGAAAUGGAAUAAAUUUUGUUACAGUUA